AGAGAUAUAGAGAGAGAGAGGUGGAGAGAGAGAACAAGCGAAUGAGAGAAGAGGCUCGCAAGCAGCGCCGUGCACUGUUAUACUGGACUGUACUUCAACGGGAGUUUGCGGUUUGGCAGGUUUAUAUACAUCAAAACAGAACAAAGAGAGAGGCUCUACAGUGCUAUAAAAGAAGAGAGAGAAAAGAAUAAAGCGAGGGAGAAAUCUCGGCGACUGAAUUACAAAAGAACUAAGGACACUCUGCUAAUGUUUUUCACAUCCAAAGGGGACAUAAACUGGGACUUUGUACAUUGUGGAGAAUUUGCGAGGCUUUUUGUUUUUUGCGACCUCCAAAAGUUUGUUUGGGACAACUCCUUUUUCCUGUAUAUUUGAAUUUUAAUGCUCACAAUUUUCAUCCCGGCGCAGAAACUUUCCAAACGGACUGCACAUGGUUUCAAAGGGCUUUUGAGAAAACCUGGAUUUUUAUUCCUCCAUAUCCAUGCAGAACUGUUUGAAGUAGAAUGUUGUAAAUACAUGCGGAUUUUAUUCAGUUUUCUGCCACCGCUUUUCAAGGUUUUUUGGCGUCUUUUUUUUUUUUACGCACGUCGAUGGUAUUUGCCAAAAACCUACCCAUACUUUUAAAGUUUGAAUAAUUCAUGAGAUACAAUUUGCCCGCUCGAAAGAAGUGACUGUAAAAAGGGAGGGGGGUUAUCCACAAACAUAUUCAUAAGGGUUGACGGAAUGGCCACCGCGGCUUCCAAUCCUUAUCUGCCCAGCAAUAGCAUCUUAUCGUCCGGCUCUAUCGUGCACUCUGACUCCGGAGGUGGUGGCAUGCAGCCGGGCAGUGCUGCGGUUACCUCGGGGUCUGGGGGCUACAGGGGAGACCCCUCGGUCAAGAUGGUACAGAGUGACUUUAUGCAAGGCGCAAUGGCAGCGAGCAACGGGGGACACAUGCUGAGCCAUGCCCAUCAGUGGGUGACAUCCCUCCCGCACGCCGCAGCGGCCGCAGCUGCAGCCGCGGUCGCUGCAGCUGAAGCCGGAUCGCCCUGGUCGUCGAGUCCCGUCGGGAUGACGGGCAGCCCGCAGCAGCAGGACGUGAAAAACUCCGGCAGAGACGAUCUGCACACGGGCACCGCGCUGCACCACAGGCCCCCUCACUUAGCUCCCCACCAGACUCACGCCGGGGCUUGGGGGAGCACGACUGCGGCUCACAUUAACUCCAUAUCCGGGGGCCAGCAGCAGCAGCAGUCGCUGAUCUACUCCCAGCCGGGGGGGUUCACUGUGAACGGGAUGCUGAGUCCUGGGAGCCAGAGCCUGGUACACCCGGGCUUAGUGAGGGGGGACACCCCGGAUCUGGACCACGGCAGCCACCACCACCACCAUCACCACCAGCAUCCGCAUCACCAGCACCACGGCGGCGUCAACAGCCACGACCCGCACUCGGACGACGACACGCCGACCUCGGACGACCUGGAACAGUUCGCCAAGCAGUUCAAACAGCGGAGGAUCAAACUGGGCUUUACGCAGGCGGACGUCGGCUUGGCUUUGGGCACCCUGUACGGGAACGUUUUCUCUCAGACAACCAUUUGCAGAUUCGAGGCUCUGCAGCUCAGCUUCAAAAACAUGUGCAAGCUCAAGCCUUUGUUAAACAAGUGGCUUGAGGAGGCCGACUCGUCCACCGGCAGCCCCACCAGCAUCGACAAGAUCGCGGCGCAGGGGAGGAAGCGAAAGAAGCGCACGUCCAUCGAAGUGAGCGUCAAGGGGGCUUUGGAGAGCCACUUCCUAAAAUGCCCCAAGCCCUCGGCCCAGGAGAUCAGCACCCUGGCGGACAACUUGCAGCUGGAGAAAGAGGUGGUUAGAGUGUGGUUUUGCAAUAGGAGACAGAAGGAAAAACGGAUGACGCCCCCAGGAGUGGCACAGACGCCGGAGGAUGUGUACUCUCAGGUCGGCAAUGGGCAUUUUUUAGUAGAUUACUUAAAAGAUGCAAGUGAAGCGAGCGACCAGAGGGUGACAACUACAAGUUCAUUCCACCAGGUAAUUUUGGCGCAUUAAAACACACCGAGAGGAAACCAAGCAUUGUUUUUUAUGAUUUUUUCUCUUCCCUCCACUUCCAAAAAAUAUUCCCCCUUCAUUAUCCUGUGUUUGAUUGAAGAAAACAAAGGAGCAGGCAUUUUGUAUAUUUAGAAAUGGGACUGAACCGCCUACCCCACCUCCUCCUCUUCUCCCCCCUCUCCUCUCCCUCUCUUCCAAUGCCCAACAAUAACAAGAGGGGGGAAAAACUGCAACAAUAUGAAGAAGAGUGACAUCCACGAAGCUUCCAUCAUGAUUUACAGCAAUUACAUUUUUUUUCUGAGGUGGAUUGCAUGGUUUCGUUUGACACACACACGCACGCGGAGGAUUAGGGAUUUUUUGUUUUUCUCUCCCCCAUGUUGAGGCCCUCAUGAAAGAAAAGACAACCAGGACCAGGACUGUCCCCCCUCCCUCCUUCCUCGCCUGAUCUCAAAGAUCACCUUCUUUGGGUUUUUUUUUAAUUAUUAUUAUUUAAUGGACUUUGACACCGUGAGUGGAUUUCUUCUUCUUUUUUCCAACAAAUAGAGCAUAAGACAUUUGAAAAGACUUCAGCUGCACUUAUUUGAGAAAAAAAAUCUGAAAAUCUGUUGCCAAGUGUGACUGAGUGGGUGCUGUGGAUAUACUAUUAAUGCUGCCCUUUCUAAGCAGUAUUCUUUGGUAGGUUUUAAUAAACAAAAACUCUGUAAAGCCGGCAAUAUAGAUCACUAGAUCAGAUACUGAUCUGAGUUAUUUACUUUAUAUUUUUCAUCAGAAUGACUUGUUUUAAUAUUUUAUUCGGAAUACAUAUGAAUUAUUCCAAACGGUAAUUUAUUUUCCCCCCAAGGAACUUGUGUAAGAUGCUUUCCCCUUUUUCUUGUUUUAUUUUUUUUCCUUUAUAUAUUUUUUUUGUUGUUGCCCUUAUUUGUUUUCAUUUUGUAUUAUCGUUUCUAAAGGAGCACAAAUCAUCAUAAGCUGACAUUGACCGUUGUUCUAGGUAAUAAGGGUAUAUUUUGAUGUGAUCAUUUGAUUGUAAUUUAAUUUCAGUAGUGGUUCCGUACGAGCUGAUUGAGACACAAUAAAUUUGUUAGAAUGAAA